UGAUCAGUGAUUGCCUCACUAUAUAAGGCUGACUGCCGAGAGGCUGGUGAGGACAACCUGUGGAUAUCUUCUAGAUCUCUCCGACGUCUCCUAUAGGCUUUACUGAAGAAUGAAGUUCGUUAUCUCUGCCGCCAUCCUGCUCCUGGUACCAGCCCUGAUAUUCGGACAAGGUUCUCCCUGCGGCGUUGAUAACGCCAUACGAUCCAUCGUGUCUCAAUACAGCAAGAAUAUAAAGUUUGAAUGCAAGUCUAUUAGUGAUGGGUCAGCCUACUCCUCCUGUCCUUCAGGUUACAUUGCUGCAAGCUGCUCCUGCGGGAUGAGCUGUGGAUCAUGGGAUAUCCAGGGAUCAAAUAAAUGUCACUGUCAAUGCGGGAACAUGGACUGGACCACCGCUGUCUGCUGCAGAAUCACAUCCUAGAACAUUCAGACAACAGUGGACCCUCUAUGAGAAGAAGGCCGCAUGGGGUAAUCAUCUCAAACCUGAGGCCGAAAUACAGAGGGUCAAUGGAAGAUGAAAAUCCAGUUCAGAUCAUGGUGGUCACAGGUGGUGGGCUUGUCACUAUAUAUAUUUUCUGUAUUCAAUAAACGCAAUGACCAACGUC